AUGACGCAACUGCGCCCUCUCCACGUUGGAUGUGUGUUCGCCCUCUUCUACUUCGUCCGGACAGAAUGCAGUCGCGCGCUCCAGUUGUUCGUCUUCUCUGUUAUUCGAGAAGCACAUGCUGUUUUUGGACGACCUAGUCAACCCGUGGUGUAUCGACAAUCACAUGGAACGAAAGGUGCAGGCGGUUUUAAAGGAAAUGCACAUGCAGCAGAUGUUAAGGCUUGAGGAAAUCCAUGACUUUCACAGGCAUCUUGGUCCCGUUCUCCAAGGGAAAAGGGGACGAAAGAUGCUGCUGCAGAUGCAUCUCUACAAGUUCUAAAGAUGUCGUUGUCCAUGACCUAGCAUCCUUCGUCACUGCCUUGAGGGAGCUCGGUAGAGGUGGUGCUGGGUUGGCAUCAGCUCGCUUAACGUGGCUGGCAGAGGAUCCUGCGGGAGAAGGCGAUGCUUUAUUCUCCCUUCUGCAGGAUGCACGAGCCCUGUUGGGAGAAGGGGAAGGCCAGUUAGUACUCGCGGACCAGUGCAGUAGGACUGUUUCUGUUAUGAAGAACAUUUGAUGGGCUUGGGCGAUUAAGUAGCUUUUUUAUCAUGUCUUCUAAAGGAUGAGUGUACUUUUGCGGUCCUUUCCAAUAUCAUGAUAGAACAGCUGCAAACUCUAACUCGUCUCUAAUUGAACGCGGCGUCACCUUGGAGUCACAGAAAGCCUGUUUCGAAUCGUUCUGUGCGCUGAGCGAAAAGGUGGAAAAAGAAAGGCGAGCGAUAACACGAGAAGACGUAGAUGAGGAAGACGAAGAUCAACAAAGGGUCCUGCAAAACGACAAUUCUUGCCAUGCAGAAUUUUUCGCUUAUGUAGUAGACGCUGCUCGAGGUGCUAUACCCGAAGCUGCGGCCUCGCUUCGUUUCUGUCAUUAUAUGGUCAACAGCCUUUAUUCAUCUUCUAUCUCAGCAUCUUCCUCGUUGCCCUUUUCCUACAAAGUACUUGGAUAAACUUCAAGACGUCAAGAUAAGCGGAUUGGCAUAAAUUUAUGCCUACUCUAAGGUCAUGCGAGUCUGCAGAGGCUCAGCAGAUCUAAACCCACUGAGAACAACAUCAACCCAAGUCCAGCAGAGAUGCAGUAUGUGCUUUUGGCGUUAG